AUGCGGGAUUGUCAUGAUGAGAUUUUGGUGGAUUCAUUGGGGUCUAGUCGUCUGACAUUUGGCGUGAUUUCAGCUCAGUUUGUGGUUCGUGAACCGCGAUCGACACGACAUGAGACAUCACUACCGAGACGUUCACGUCGCUACACAGUGGACAGUUCGCAAGCAGCCAGCAACCACGUACCGACUUCAUCAGAUGCCAACUUGCACACUGCGUUAAAGUCGGUACCGGAAGGAGCAACGGCCAGUGCGGUGGCGCAUGCAGACGCAUCUGACCCUUGCCCAUCGUCAACCACAACCACCACCAUCCCUAAGUCCGCAACUGUUAAUGAAUCGUUGUCACGCAAUCAUAGCGUCGAAUCGAUGAUGCUUAAUGCAUCUGCGACAUCGAAUCGUGACACUGGUCAGCCAGCUCAUGGUGCUUGUCGAACCGAUGGAACCACCACAAAAGAGCCUCACACCGUGAUGGGAUCACCGUCCCCUCCAAUCGAUAAUCUCAAAUAUUUAUCCGUUUCGCCUCCACGGUCGUGUGCAUCCUUAACCGUUCGAGCAGCGCCACGUUCAGCCAACCAAAUCUCAUCGAGGUAUUAA